AUGCAGAAGAUGGUUGAAGCGGUAAGGUAGGUAUGUUGGAGCAUUGGAAGGUGGCGCAAUAGAUGUAAAUCGAUGCCCGGAAAUUAGAAAUGCAAAAUCGACAGUGGUGAGACAACAACUUGAAACGAAGGAUCGUAGAAUCUUUGGUGAUUUAUCUCUUUCAUCGGCAUAGUUUCGCACACGUCGGUAGGUGCCUGAGUGUAAAACACACUUUUACCUAAAAUUCAACUUCGAAAUUUUUCUUUCAUCGCAUGUGACACUAUUGUUGUAUCGAUUACGUAAGAGAACGUCCAAGAAAAUUCUAUGCCGCUUACACUCCAUUAAUUUACACCGGAUAACACACGAAAAGCCUCAUUUUUUAGAAGUUUAAUUAAUAAAAACAACACUUCGAUAUUUUAGAAUUGAUGAAAAAACUUUGUUCUCGUCAUGUUCUUUAAACCGUUGCCUUAGAUCGCUCUAUUUUUAUCUCAAUGGAAACCAUGAACCAUGAACUUUUAGGUUAAGAUUAUCAUAUGUAGUAUUUCUUCUAGAGACAAAUAACGAAGACGUUACGUUUGUUUAGUUGGAUUUUACAUUUAGAUAAAAAUGAAUGAAACGAGAUCAACAAUCAAUCUCGCGCUAUGAGAUGUACUUUUUUAUUUUCAUAUAGAGACAUGUGCAAAUGGAGUGAUAAGCGUGCCGCAGAUGUAAUCGCACGUUAAUUCCAGAUUCUAGCCUGAUUGAUAAUAGUUCGAAUUUACGUUAUACAUUGGCGUGGUUUUCUUAUAUUAUGAAUUUCAUUUUUUAAUGUUUCACAAUGAGAAUAUUAGCGUGAUACAAAAUCGACAAUAAUGAAAUAUAAAAUUAAUAAAAUACUCCCAUUAUAUAAAUUAACAUUAUAUAAAUCGUACUAUAGUUAAAUAUGAAAUACCUAAACUUCAUUUUCUAUUUCGCUUACGAUUUUUUAAUAUAGUUUCAGAAACGAACUACGUUUACGUGACAUUUUGUCUCGAUUUAUACAUGAAAUUUUAUCUUGCAUGUGGAAUGUAUUGGCAAAGGUUGGCCAAGAAAAAUUAGUAUACCCUGUGCAACAUUUCAAAAUGUCAAAUUGUAGGAAGCAAAAUUUCAUUGCGUUUCUCUUGUCAUUGACUGAAAAUAUCGUGUAUCAUUAUAUAAAGAUACUUAAAUAUAGGAAAAUAUAAUCUUAGACGGCGCCAAGCCAUAUCUGUGUAAUGGCGCGCAGUAAUGUAGUAGUAACUUUACUAACAAAAAUCGAUUAUAUAGUGGCUCAAUGAUGUAGGGCAACUUUAGUCACGGUUCUUGGUAAGUUUAAUAAAAUGUUAUUCAUAUUGUGGAAGUUAAACAGUGAUAUCUCGAUAUGUGCGUAAUAGUAUUUUUUUAAAUGAACAUACGCAUUUGUCACUUAUCAAUACACCUUCACAUCAUUUACAUAUAUUCUGCGUUUAUUGCGCAUCUUUUGUUGAAAAUUUAAAGAAUUUUAAACUAUCUAUAGAUAUUAAUAAUAUAUCACGUGGAAUAAUUUUAAAAAUUAAUAAAAUGACUUUUAAUUUAACGUAAUUUCAUGAGUGAUUUUAAAAAUUGACGUUGUCACUUCAGAGAUCAAAUACGCAAGGAUCAAUUUCAAUCAUGGCGAAAACGCAUGGUUUACAAAAAUAUAAUCCAAAUUGUUUGUAGCUAAUUUAGAUAUGAUUCAAUUUCAUAUAUACUUCGUUUAUAAAUUUGACACUUUUAUUAUAUGUGUGUGUGUGUGUGUGUAAAUUAUGUAACAACAUACAUAAUUUAUCUAUUCUAUUGUUUUUUCAGAGUACGAAGCAAAGCCGUGGCUUAGAGAUGUAUCUGACUCCUGCCACUCUCUAUGCUCUUAGAUUAUCAUUACAACAGGUAAGCUACAUUUGUUACGUAAUACGCCUCUUCUAGAAAAAUCAGAUCGUUUCAAUCUUAAUCUUGUAUGAAAGAAAUUAAUUCUUUGUUGUAGCCUGCCGUCUCGUCCGUGUUCCGUAGGAAUAUGGUCGAACGCAACAUCACAAAAUCAGCGUGUAUCCUUGCAACUGUUGGCCUAUCUAUGAGCAUAUUUUCUGUCAAGAAAAUGCUAACGUCGAAACACGGUACUCGUUUAUAA